GUGUGUGCUAGAUUUAGCUAGGUGGGGCAGUGCCCUGUGCAACAUGAAAUGACUGUUUUUAUUUACUUUUUAUAAGAGCUGACGAUGUUCUUUCAACAAAUGAUUUUACUUGGGAAGCGAUAGAUCCAGUUUAUAUAUUUGCUAGUAUUUUAUAGUAACAUAUACAAAGUUUUAGAAUGUCGAUAAUUCAAGUCAUGGGUUCUGGAAGCAAAGCUUCGUCUGCAUCGGAAAGAAUGCCAUUUGUGGGAGCUAGAGUGCCAUUGGAAAUCAAAGCCAUUAUAAAGCCACUAUCAAAACUGGAAAAGGGAACAUUUCAAAACCUACUAAAAUUAAUUGUUUCUGCACUGGAAGGGAAAUGUGUUGGAUACAAACAGUUAAAACAGCUAGAAACGAGCAGUCAGAAUGAAGAGCUGCUCACCGUUGUAUACACAGGCAUCUACACACUACUGAAGUGUGCUUUGAAACAGCCACCUGUAAGCCUGAAAGUUGAGCAUUUCAAGGAGGAUUUGCAGGAUCUUCAGAUCCCAGAAGAAUGUCAUGCUGAUAUUGCAAGUGUUGUUUUUGGAAACCGGAGAGCCAAGAUUGAUAAAUGUGUGCUUGCAAACCGUCCUCGUCUUCCAUCACUUGACUUGCUUCGAUGGAGAGUUGAUGUGGCCAUUUCAACAAGUGUGCUAAACCGUGUGUUAGAGCCUACAGUUCUCAUGGAAAUGACUCUUCAUAAUGGCAGAGUAUUCACGUUUGAGGUCUCAGUACACAAGUUUCAUGAACUGAGAUACAGUGUUGCAUAUGUUUUAAAAGAAAUGGAAGAGCUAGAAAAGAGAAGUAUACUCAAAAUACAAGACUAAGUCAUCAGUUUGACACAUCGGAUCAAAUUCAUGCCUUGUGGAUAUGGAGAGAUUACUGUGAUUGGUGCUUGAGGUCAUCAGUAUACUUAAUCAACACAUAUGGAAACAUUUAUUGAUUUUGCAUAUAAAGUUGUAUUACCAAGGAAAAGUUAUAUAUGACAAAUCGUUCUUCAAGUAUAUAAUUCACAAUUUGACGAUUAUUCUGCAUGAAUCAGUGAAGUUAACAAGACAUUUCUUUAUAUAUUUAUUUUAACCUGAUCUUGACUCAUAUUUUUGUAACAGUUAAAUUUAAUUAUGAUAAAUGGAUGGUACUUUUGUUUUUAAUAUGAGAAUGAAGAACUGUAGAAGACAGAAUUCUUUAGCAUUUUCAAUCUGAAAAACAGAGGAUUACUUAUUAUCAUUGACCUUUUAACAACAUUUUCAACGGAUGAAAAAACCCAAACAUUCAUCAACCAAAAACUUGUUUUAAGUGAUGAUUUAAAAAAAGAAGAAGAAUUUAAAUGUCUUGUUCUGUUUGUAUGAGAAUCAGUUAUGUACUAUGCAUUCCAUGGUCUUGCACGUUGGAUGAGAGAGAGAUGUGUCAAUAGAUAAGAGAAUUACAGAGGUCCUUCCCCACAUUUCAUGUGGCAUUUUUCCAACUGAGGGGAACAUUAUAAGACUUCAUCAAUAUGCAGCCGUAUUUAACACCAGUGAGUGAUAUUUUCUCAGUAAAAACUGUUUUGAAUGAUCACUUUAAUAAAAAAAAUUAUUACGUCA